AGCUCAGUGUACAUUUUUAGCGCAUAAUCCCAAAAAUGCCAAAUUUUGAGUUGUGACUCUGAUGAAGACAGUGUGCGACAUGUAUGUACGAAAUGAUCUACAAUUCGUUAAUAUAGUUCCCCCCUUAGAAAAAGUUGAAGAUUCAAGAUCUCGUUUGUCUGCACAACGACGCAUUGAGUUUGACUCGAAAUUAGGAGCAAAAGCUGAAGAUUAUUACGACUCCUAUGACGCGGAUUUAAUUGUAACAAUUGCAAACACUCCGUUGUCACCAAUAUCAAGUGAAAUUGCAAGUCCAAUUGAAAUUAAUAACAAAUUUAGAGAUCAUAAACCAGCUACUGAAAUUGAUGGCUGCGGUGUGGGAAUAACUUAUAUGCUUAAAGAAAUUGAUAUACCCAAAGUGGUUGUUAAUAAACCGGAUGACUUAGAUUUGCUUUUACGGACGAAUACUACUGAUCCUAGACUGUUAAGAUAUUUAAAAAAGAACACCAACGCGCUACAUGCUUCUUCGUCACUUUGUCUGUCCACUAAAAUUGCUCAAAGUGAUCCACGCCGUCCGAGUAGCAUUUAUAAUUCGGAAUCAUAUUUAAACCAACGUCCGCAAGAACCUUCUCAGCAAACGCCCAAUAUGCUUCUUUAUGGCUGUUUACAACGCUCUCCUUGGUACCAGUCGCUUAUGUCUACAAUGAAGAUACAGAUAAAUCAAACAAUUUCGGUGCUGGUGCGCGCCAUCAAUAAUUUUCAGAAAAUUCGUCUGGAGGAUCCCUACGCUGUUUUUGAUAUUUUUAAACUAUAUUGCGCUGGCGAACUAUUGGAAAUUUUGGAAAAUCUUGGACUUUUUGUUGACGUAAAUGGCGUAAUAUCAGAGAAGAAGAAUUUAUCUACCUUUUCAGGGCGUUCGUACGGCUGUUCUUCGGUUGUAAAUGCAACAUACAGUUUUAUUCAACCGGUGGAGCCAUCUUCAGUAACAGUUCAACACCAGCAAAUGCGAUCCUUUACUUCGCCAAGGUCAAACUUCGCAACACCCCCAGCUCUCCAACAACCAGCACCAGCACCCUUCAUUAGCUGCUAUAUUGAUUCGCCGCAAAUGACAAUGGAUAAGCCGGUACAAAUGACCCAACCCCCUACGCCACGACCCCCACCCAAGCACUCUCGUGCAGCACCAUUUCCCCCAUCAGUACCUCGACGUCACUGCGGACUGAAGGUGCCAUAUACGUGCAGUACUCCUCCAGCUCGUUCUUCGGUUUCUCCGGUGAAAAAGCAAGCCCGUUGCCCGGACACUGAUGAGGAGUGCUGGGAUUUGGAUGAAGAUAUUAAUUCAUUUACGCCAUCAAAACUCCCACUGAGUCCUGAUUCGGGCAAUGAUUAUGAACAACCCCAUAUAAAUUACUCACGACCGGAACGAAAUGAUGAGGGACGUUCAUCAAACUACGGAAAAUCUUUUGGAAGCCACAAGAAGCGGUACAAGUAAAACUUGUAGGAUCAUGUAUUAAAAUUAGCAUUGGAAUUGCCUGCAUAUUCAUUUUAAAUAGUUCGUGUCACGUAUAUUGUUUAUGUUUUUUACCUAAAAGGUAAGCUUUAUAGCGAA